AUGAUGAGACCUCCUGAUGGCGGGUGCUCACCUCAUUUACCGCGUAUCAGUGAAGUUAAUCCUAACCAAUCUGUUAAUUCCUGUGGUCAUGUAAAGCCCACCACGGUGAAAUGUAUUCUAAUAGGUGACAAACAGGUUGGCAAAACCAGCCUUGUCGUCAGUUACACUUCUAAUGAUUAUCCGGCUGAAUAUAGACCAUCUGCUUUGGAUACCUAUUGUGUCGAAGUCUGCGCUGAUACACGCCCUGUUCAUUUACAAAUCUGCGAUGCUGGUGGGAAAGAAGAGGUUGCGUCUUUACGACAUCUGUCAUAUUUGGAUGCACAUGUUAUUCUACUAUGCUUUUCUGUUGUUCGGCCGGAGUCUUUCAGAUCCUUGAAAACUGUUUGGUUAAAAGAACUGGCUUCUGCACCGAUCAUUCUUAACAGCGCCGCUGAACAAACUGCAUCAAAAUUAUUCGGUAUACCUACUACUACUAAUAAUAAUACUACUUCGUCAUCGUCAAAUACCAAGCGAAGUCUCGACCACUGUCUACCGGCGUUACUCGUCAAGUCGAAAUCCUCUAUAUGCCCUAAUCGUGGAUUGAAAAACGCGCCUGAAACUAGUUGUGCUUGUGAUCUACGCAAUGAUAUUGGACGUUUAUUAGAGCUGUCAAAGAUAGGCGAAGAACCAGUGGAUAAGGAGAAAGCUGAAUGUUUAGCUGUUGAAUUAGGCGCUGAAGCUUAUGUGGAGUGUUCUGCACUAACUCAAAAAAAUCUUAAAACUGUUUUCGACUUGGCUAUUUGGUGUGGCUUAAAAGUAGCUGAUUCUGGUGGUCCAAUACUCGCGUCUGAACUAAAGUCAAAGGAAGCGCUACCGUAUAAUGGCAAUUGUACAAAAACUUCUCUUCAUAAUCGUGCUCUCAGUGAUAAUAAUAAUCAUGUAGGUGUUGUUAAUCAUCGCCUGUCGAAUGUUAUCACUAGAACAGAGAAUACCAACAAGUGUAAAACAUUAAAUAAAAAGGGUUGGCGCCGAUUUCUGUGUAUUAACUCGUAA